UCCCAUCAUGCAGGCCAAUAACACGACAGAGUGGCUUGGCAGGCAGGCAGCUGCUGGAGCGUUGCAUAACCUCACUGCAAGUUCACUCACUCAUCUAUUUGCCUCCUGACGAUGGCAGCUGCGAAGAAAGUGUGCAUUAUUGGAUCUGGAAAUUGGGGCUCUGCCAUUGCCAAGAUAGUGGGUGCCAAUGCCGCUCAGAAUCCCAAAUUUGACAACACAGUAAAAAUGUGGGUGUUUGAGGAGAUGGUGAAUGGACGCAAACUGACUGAAAUAAUCAACACUGACCACGAGAAUGUCAAGUAUCUUCCCGGACACAAGCUACCAGCAAAUGUGCUGGCCGUACCAGACCUGGUGGAGGCAUCCAGUGAUGCAGACAUUCUGGUGUUUGUCAUCCCACACCAGUUCAUUGGCAAAGUGUGUGACACCAUGAAGGGCAAGAUAAAGAAUGAUGCGCUGGGCAUUUCGCUUAUCAAGGGAGUUGAUGAGGGACCUGAUGGACUCAAACUGAUCUCUGAUGUGAUCCAGGAGAAGCUUGGCAUCGCUAUGAGUGUGCUAAUGGGGGCCAACAUCGCCAAUGAAGUUGCUGAUGAAAAGUUUUGCGAGACCACCAUCGGAUGUAAGAAUAAAAACCACGGGGCUCUUCUGAAGGAACUCAUGCAGACCAACAAUUUCCGUGUUACUGUAGUGGAGGAGCACGAUGUGGUGGAAAUCUGUGGCGCUUUAAAGAACAUUGUUGCUGUCGGGGCAGGUUUCUGUGAUGGUCUGGGUUUCGGCGACAACACAAAAGCAGCAGUAAUCCGGUUAGGUUUGAUGGAGAUGAUUGCGUUUGCUCGCAUUUUCUGCACAGCGGGUCCUGUGUCCUCUGCAACUUUUCUGGAAAGCUGCGGCGUCGCUGAUCUCAUCACAACAUGCUACGGCGGUCGUAAUCGCAAAGUAGCCGAAGCCUUUGUGAGGACGGGAAAGUCCAUUGAGGAGCUGGAGAAAGAGAUGCUGAAUGGUCAGAAGCUGCAAGGACCGGCGACUGCUGCUGAGGUUUAUCUUAUCCUCAAGCACAAAAAUUUAAUUGACAAGUUCCCACUGUUCAAUGCCGUGUAUCAGAUUUGUUACCAGGGCCAUCCGGUCACAGAGUUUAUCAGCUGCUUGCAGAAUCAUCCAGAACACAUGUAAAAUGCAAAAAAAAAAGAAAACUGACCAAGUGCCUUCUACAUGGAGAAAGUUACUGCAUGUCAUCUGUUACUCGUCAGCAUAAUCAGCCGACCAGUCACUCCACGGCUGUCAUGCAAGAUGACGAGUGACACCAUGUGUACACUCCAUGGAGACGUUGCACUACCUUUGUGUUUUUAGUCAGGCACUUCAUCCUUAACAGUGGAUUCAGGUGUGCUUUCAUUUAAAAAAAAAAAACACGCUAAAACUUGAAGGAUAGCUUAUUCCCCAUAUUCAGAUUUGAUAUUAUUGCCUGGGAGCUGAAGCCAAAAAAAAAAAAAAACAUCUGAACUAAAUUGCAUCAUAGAACCCCAAAUCCAACUCGAAGAUACAUUAAAGUCAUUCGGCUUGUUUUUAGUCUUACUGCGAUUGCCCUUCACAUGCUAACAUUGUACAAUGUUUACAAUGCAUAUCAUAUUCUGAUUUAAAGGCCAGCCGAUAUAGACAAAACCUGUCACCUUCAGGCCUUCCAUGUUGGAAGGAAUUAUCUGUGGCUGUUCCCCAACAUUGCCGUCCAGUGGGCGCCUGUCCAUUAGCAGACAUUUGCUCAUAAUGUAAUAUCCAGCUUCAUGUCAUUUGUAAGCUUUUAGUGUCUUAAAUCAUUUCCUGUCUGUACUGUACAUUCACUCAUGCACGCACAACUUGUUUUUAACAAAUGCAAGUGCCUUAGUAUGCACGUUUGCUACAGUUAAGUCUUGGCUAUUGCAUCUAUUUGUACAAAACCAAAGACUGAAAUGUCCGUCCAUUUGUUAAAGUGACUGCCUAACAGCUUGUGUGUUGAAAUAUUAUGUCAACAUUUUAUCUGUGAAUAAACUGCCAUCUAAACAUGGU